UGUUAUCUAUCCCUCCCCUCCUCCUCCUCCUCCUAUGGUCUUAGUUGGAGUAAGUUGGAGUUGGACAGGCUUUUACAUUCGCCGGUAUGAAUUUCCCCAUUCAUUGAUUGAUAUUAUAAAACAAGCUCGCAGCCUUUCCGACGUUCAAUUAUCUUCUUAGUGCACCAUGAAUUUUGAUGAGAGCUACGACGUCGUAGUGAUUGGAGGCGGUAAUGCCGGGUUCUCCGCGGCCAUUACCGCAGCGCAGUCUGGUGCGCGGGUCUGUCUACUUGAGAAAGCGCCCCUUGAAGACGCGGGGGGUAAUACAUUCUACACUGCGGCGGCAUUCAGAUGCUGCUUUGAUGGCUUGCAAGAUUUGUUACCCAACCUCUUCCAACCCGACGGCACGAAAGGCCUGCCGCAAAAUAUUGUUGAUAAGAUCGAGAUGACGCCUUACACGGAAGCCGACUUCCAUGCGGACAUCAAUCGGGUUACCAAGGGAAGAGCAGAUCCGGUGCUCGCUGAUAUCCUUGUGGAUAAUUCGAGAGAAGCAGUUCAGUGGCUGAUGGAUAAUGGCGCCCGCUUCAUACUUUCGUUUAAUAGGCAAGCGUUCUUUGUGGAUGGGAAGUAUAAAUUCUGGGGCGGAAUGGUUAUGAGCAUGGCUGGUCAAGGAAAGGAGCUAUUCGAAUUUCAUAUGAGUACUGCGAGGAAACAUGGAGUGGAAAUUCAUUUCAACUCCCCAGCAAUUGAUCUCAUCGCCGAUCCUACAGCAAACGGAGUAGUUGGUGUCAAGGUAUUCAGGGACGGGAGUCUAAAAACUAUUGGCGCCCAAGGAGGUAUCGUAUUGGCUUGUGGUGGUUUUCAAGCAUCUCCGGCAUUACGCGCCCAAUAUCUAGGUCCCGGUUGGGAUUUAGCUCAUGUUCGAGGGUCUAAAUAUAAUACCGGAGACGGCCAUACAAUGGCCAGGAAGCUCGGGGCUAAGCUAGAGGGCAACUACUCGGGUUGUCAUUCCGUUGCUUGGGACGCUAACUCGCCUCUUGCGUCUGGGAACCGCGUAUUAACUAACCGAUACACCAAGUCGGGCUAUCCUCUCGGUAUUAUGGUGAACAUCGACGGUAGACGCUUCGUGGACGAGGGCUUCGACCUACGCAAUUUUACUUAUGCUGUUUAUGGAAAAGAGAUCUUGAAGCAACCGCAAGGUAUCGCGUUCCAAGUUUGGGACGCGAAUGGCAGCAAAUUUCUGCGCCAGGAGGAAUACGCAGACGAUGUGACGAUGAACAUCAGGGCUGAAACCCUCGACCAGCUUGCCAACGUACUUGUAACGAAGGGGUUAAAGGAUAAGACACAGUUUCUUGAGACCAUUGCCGAAUUCAAUGCCGCCUGCAUGAGCUUCCAGCAGGAAUGUCCCGAGAUUAGGUUCGACCCGACAGUGAAAGAUGGCAUGUCAACGCAGGGCACCUCGAGGUCGCUUGGAAUAGGCAAGACCAACUGGGCUAUUCCCAUCGAGCAUGGCCCGUUCCAGGCUGUAGAGGUGACGUGCGGCGUUACGUUUACGUUCGGCGGAUUAGCGGUCACACGCGCCGCGGAGGUCUUGAGCGAGGCAACCUUUCGGAAAAUUGAUGGUCUCUAUUGCGCGGGCGAGCUGCUAGGGGGACUCUUUUGGGAUAACUAUCCCGGCGGCAGUGGGCUGACUAUGGGCACUGUGAUGGGUAGGAUAGCAGGAAGAGAAGCUGCUAGCAGGGCAAAGACUCGUGGCGUUGGCGAUGGCGAUGGUUCGAUGUGAAUUGGUUGAAAGAG